AUGCAGUCCCUUCUUCAGCUCCUUGCCUUUAGCGCCCUCGCCGCCGCUGUUCCUACCAGCCAGCCCGCUCUCGACGUUGCCGUCGAGCGUGUCGGUAACUCUGGUAUCAAGGCCACCUUCCGCAACCCUGGUGCUUCUGAGCUCAAGCUUCUCAAGACUGGUACCAUUCUCGGCGACUCGCCCACAAAGAAGGUACAUGUUACCUCUGGCAACUCCCCAAUUGCCUUCAAGGGCAUGCACAUUACUGUUUCGGACACCGAUCUCCCCGAGACCGCCUUUGUCACUCUCCCCGCCGGCGGUGCUCUCGACGUCAACAUUGACAUUGCUGAGAUCCACGACCUCGGCGCUGGCGGCGACUACGCCGUCCGCGUUGCAGGCAGCAUCCCCUACACCACCGACAACGGCCGUACGCUGAACCGCGUCGGCGCCAAGUACGAUGCUGGCAAGAUUCUCUCGCUGGCCGUCAACGGCGAGGAGGCCCUCCAGGUUCACAAGUCUGCGGUUUUCCAGCGCGCCGAGGUCAUCCCCUGCACUGAGGGCCAGCUGUCAUCGCUCGAGACUGCCCAGACUAACUGCAACGACAUUGCCGCAGCUGCCCCUGGCGGCUUGACCAAGUCGCGCAUGGACACCUGGUUCCAUGCUCACGACGCUGAUACCAUUGCCACCGUUAAGGGCGUAUACAACUCCCUGCCCGCCGGCUGCAACAGCAAGCUCCAGUGCUCGCCUGGCACCUACAAGACCUGCGCUGAUGGUGCGGUUGCUUACCAGAACAAUGGCAUCUACCUGUGCCCCGUCUACUUCAACAAGCCCGUCUCUUCAUCGACUGCCUGCCACAACACCCAGACCCAGGGCAACGUCUUGUUACACGAGACUACGCACAUGGAGGCUAACACUGUCGACAGUGCCUAUGGUUAUGAGGCCUGCAUUGCGCUGUCCACGGCUGACGCGCUCAACAAUGCCGAUACCUACGCUAGAAUGGGCCAGGACAUUUACGCUGGCUGCUCAUAA